AUGAGAAAUAUGGAUAUAGAUACUGAGAUGAUCCCAACCUCUUGUUCUGAUUCUGUGAAAGCAAUGGACUGUCAGGCCAACUCACCUUUUUUGGAUGCCGUCUCAAUGUUUGACAAUGAUGGCAAUGUCAAUGAUUUCAAUAACAAUGUUAAAGAUGAAACUUUUGCUGCUCCUGAUAUGUCCAAAAAUGAAGUUCAUCAAUUUAUAGCCAUCUUUACAAUACUGUUUGCUUCACGUCAUGUUGUUGAUAAGGGUGCUGCUGUUCUGAUUGAGUUUAUCAACAAUCUGCUAAGAAUCUAUGACCAAGAUUUUUAA